AUGGCAGCAGACGACGACAGCUCUGAUUCUCCCAAGGAGAACCAGAAGAUUGUCCAAAGGGCGGAGCCAAGCCAGGAGAAACCAAGAGCACCAAAAUGGCCAGUGCGCAACCGAAAGGCGGAUCUCGCUUUGGGGGAGCAGCAAACCGUACAGGGGCCACCAGAGCCAGGUGAAGAUGCGCCAGAGGAGACAGCGCGCCAGGCGACAAGAGGCCCGCGACGGCCUUGGCUCUUUAAGAGCCAGACCCAGGAGAAUGGGCACGACACUGCCCACCUCCCCGGGGAGGUGACAGAGGGCAUGCCCAUCUCCAGAAGUCGAUCUGAAGGUGGGAGGCCUCGACUGCCCUGGCUCCGAAAGACCCGGGAGCAGCCGUCAGCAGAUCAACCAGAAGAGCAGCCUGGCAAGCAGCCGGCUGAACAGCCUGCCAAGCAGCUGCCUGCCAAGCAGCCGGCUGCCAAGCAGCCGGCUGAACAGCCCGCUCCGCCGCCUGAGCAGGAACAGCCAGCUCCGCCGCUUGAGCAGCCUGCCAAGAAGCCAGCUGAACAGCCAGCUCCGCCGCCCGAGCAGCCCACCAAGCAGCCGGCUGAACAGCCAGCUCCGCCGCCAAAGCGGCCUGACAAGCAGGCGGCUGCACAGGCUCCACCAGCUGCACAGCAGCCGACUCGGCAGCCAGAUGAUCAGCCAGACGAGCAGCCUGCCAAGCAGCCGGCUGAACGGCCAGCUCCGCCGCCUGAGCAGCAUGCCAAGCAGCCGGCUGGACAGCCAGCUCCGCAGCGGCCUGCCAAGCAGGCAGCUGCACAGGCCCCACCAGCUGCACAGCAGCCGACUCGGCAGCCAGAUGAUCAGCCAGACGAGCAGCCUGCCAAGCAGCCGGCUGAACGGCCAGCUCCGCCGCCUGAGCAGCAUGCCAAGCAGCCGGCUGCACAGCCAGCUCCGCAGCGGCCUGCCAAGCAGGCAACUGCACAGGCCCCACCAGCUGCACAGCAGCCGACUCGGCAGCCAGAUGAUCAGCCAGACGAGCAGCCUGCCAAGCAGCUGGCUGAACAGCCAGCUUCGCCGCCUGAGCAGCAUGCCAAGCAGUCGGCUGGACAGCCAGCUCCGCCUGGGCAGCCUGCCAAGCAGCCGGCUGAACAGCCAGCUCCGACGCCCAAGCGGCCUGCCAAGCAGCCGCCUCCACAGACGGCUGCACAGGCUCCACCAGCUGCACAGCAGCCGACUCAGCAGCCAGAUGAUCAGCCAGACGAGCAGCCUGCCAAGCAGCCGGCUGAACAGCCAGCUUCGCCGCCUGAGCAGCAUGCCAAGCAGCCGGCUGGACAGCCAGCUCCCCCGCCUGAGCAGCCUGCCAAGAAGCCGGCUGAACAGCCAGCUCCGCCUGAGCAGCCUGCCAAGCAGCCGGCUGAACAGCCAGCUACGCCAUUUGAGCAGCCCACCAAGCAGCCGGCUGAACAGCCGGCUCCGCCACCUGAGCAGCAUGCCAACCAGCCGGCUGCACAGCCAGCUCCGCCUGAGCAGCAUGCCAAGCAGCCAGCUGGACAGCCAGCUCUGCCGCCUUCGCAGCCGGCCAAGAAGCCGGCUGAACAGCCAGCUCCGCCGCGUGAGCAGCCCGCCAAGCAGACGGCUGAAGAGCCAGCUCCGCCGCUUGAGCAGCAUGCCAAACAGCUGUUUGGACAGCCAGCUCCGCCGCCUGAGCAGCCUGCCAAGCAGCCGGCUGGACAGCCAACUCCGCCGCCUGAGCAGGCGGCCAAGAAGCCAGCUCCGCCGCCUGAGCAGCCCGCCAAACAGCCGGCUGAAGAGCCGCCUCCGUCGCCUGAACAGCAUGCCAAGCAGCUGCCGAUACAGCCACCCGAGGAUCAGCCAGUAGAGCAGGCGAAAGAUGAUGAUGAGGAGGAGGUCUGUGUGCAACGGAGCUCCAGCUGGCGGAAGAUGCGCAUCUCCGAGUCCACCAUGCACCGCGAGCGCCGCAGGCCCGGCUCCACAAGCCCCAGUGCGAGGACACGUAUGGCUCGCGGCUCUGUGACGGAACGGGCAGGCGAUUCUCCGAAGUGCUGGACAGGCGGCGUGCGAACUCCUCCCGCGGGCGCGCCUGGCACGCUGGGCACGGGCGGCGAGCGCAAGCCGAGGAUCAAAGAACUGCGUGAGUCGCGGAUCGCGCAGGCGGAAAUGUGCCGCACCCCGCCCGGAGGGAUGCUGUCGCCCAAGCCCACAGCGAUUUGGAGCCGGCUCCACGAAGAGUCCAAAGAGCUGAGCGAGAAGCGUCGUGAGCUCGAGGAGCGUGGAAAGAAGGAGAUGGAAGAGCGCGAGCUGGGCCCACGUGCCGCGCCCACCGACAAACCCAGGCAGACUCAUCUCCCCGAGGCAGCUGCGCCAGGAGCGGCGCAGGGCCGCGCAGGAGGCGAGGGCCAGGCGCUUGGCCGAAGCCGAGUGCUGCGGCGCCGCGAGUUUGUCAGACCGCGCGCGGUCCGGGCGAAGCCCGAGCACGAGAAAGAUGAGCCGGAUCGCAUGCACCAGCUCUACCAGGAUUCCGAAAGAAGGCGAGCACAGAGGGAGGAGUUGUGUAGACAACUGGAGGAGGAGGAGUUGAGAAUCUUGGCGGAGCAAUCCGUACACAACAAGAAGGCAACCAAGGUCCGGCGAAGUACAGAGUGCGGUGAGGUCAAAGAGGCAGAAGAGUUGGACCGCAUGGAUAAGCUCUACAAUGACCACAAGCGGAGGCUGGCGCAGAGGCAGCGGCUCUGCAAGCAACUGGAGGAGGAAGAGCUGCAAAUGCUGGCGGAGCAGUCUGUUCACCGGAAGGCUGCGAAGGCGCGGAGAAGUGUGGAGUCCGAGGAGCCGAGUCGUGUGGAGCUGCUCUACAAGGACCACCAUCGAAGGCUAGCGCAAAGGGAGGAGCUGAGCAAGCACCUGGAGGAGGAGGAGUUGAGGCUGCUGGCACAGCAAUCUGUCCACAAUAGGAAGGCAAGCAAGGACGCUCAGAGGCGAUUCGAAGAGGCUGCGAAGCUCUGCGAGGAUGACCAGAAGCGCCGGGACCGGCUGGAGGCGAAGCGCAAACAGGAGAUCGAGGUCACGAGCGCGCCCGAGAAGCCCUCGGAGACCGUGGGGAAGAGGCUUUUUGAGGAGGCCAAGCGGAAGCAGGAGCAGAAGAGACUGCGGGAGGAGCCGGAGCCGAAGCCGCGGCCACCAUCCUCGCCAGGCUCUCCCUCCGGCCCGCUGCAUCUCUAUGAGGAUGCUGCCAGACGAGAGCAGUCUCUGCAAGAGAGGCAGCGGAAGCAGCGACAGGCUGAGAUGGAGGAACUUUGGGCGCAGAGCUUCCGCCUGCAGAGGAGCAGAGAGGGUGAUGCCCGUGCUCGCAGCUCAACUCGCGAGAGCCAGGGCAGGUCCCUCAGCGAGCCCGGGCUCAGAGCUCGAGGUGAGCACUCCAUGCCAGCAGGGCCAGUGAUGCAGCGGCCUCGCUCUUGCGGCAAGGAGGACCCAAAGCAGCGGUCCCGGCCCAGCACGCCCCGAGGGGAUCGCGGAGCCGCUCGCGCCCCCGCGGCUCCCGCGGCUCCGGCGGUUCAGGCCCGGCGCUUGGAGUCGCCUGCGCGCACGGCGCGGCCUCUUGGUGUCAAGGUGGAUUUCGAAGCUUGGGCCGCGCAGGUUCAGGUCCCUCCGCAGGCGAAGGUGAAGCGGAAGUCCAGGUCCAUGGCUCUCCUGGCCAGGGCCGGCUCGCCGGAUGCUUCCGACAGCGAGGUGAGGCACUGGCUGCAGAAGCUGCUGGUUUGGAUGUACCAGCACCCCUACGAGCACGACCAGAAGGCCUUCAGCGCCUUUCUGCGCGCCGGAGAGCGGGUGGCCUUCGAGGAGGAGCUCACCGUGCGCCCGGAGGAGAUGCCGCGCUGGGGCUUCCUUGACCCAGAGACGGAGUUCGUGUCCGCGCGGCACGUGGACGUGGCCGGCUGGUUUGGGGACGCAGACCGCAUCGUGGCCUUCCACAUGCUGCACGGGGACAGCGACGAGUCCCAUGCCUCCCGGCAGUUCGCGGCACGGAACAGUCUGGGUGUGGGCUACACGGACCUGCUUGACCUCUUCUUCAACCAGACCGAGCUGCCGGAGCUGUACCGCACCCCGCUGCUGCCGCACCGCGCCUCGGAGGACCUGAAGGCGGCGCUGUGGCGGUCCCGGUGGCCGUCGCCGCGCCCUCGGCAGCCCGCGCGCUGCAACGAGACGGUGCCCAUGCGGUUCUGACGGAAAGCGGCCGGAAAACCACCGGG